AAAUUAGCGCAGAGACCCGAAAAAGAUCUCCUUCCUUCCCUUCCCUUCCCCUUCUUUCUCUCUCUUACCAAAUCUCUUUCUCUCUCCAAAAAAAAUCUCAUUCUGCAACCCACUUUGUCUACUGAGAUAGAUCAAGAUUCCCCCAUAAACCACUAAAAUGACUGCUUCAGAUAUUUUUUUCCUUCUUGAGCAGUGAUUAAGCUUGGGAUUUUGUACCAUAUAAGAAUAGAUUCUUGAAUCUUGACUAUAGAGUUUGAUACUUGAAGAAAAGCAGAGAAUUUUGAAGCUUAUAUUGGGUGUACUAAACUGUUGUUGAAAGAGUAUUUACAACCUAUAAAGAAGAAAGUAGAAUUUAACAUUUCUGUUCAUGGAGCGUUCGUCUGAGAGGUGGAUUGAUGGCCUUCAGUUCUCCUCUUUAUUUUGGCCAGCUCCACAAGAAGCACAGCAGAGGAAGGCUCAAAUUACGGCUUAUGUUGAAUACUUUGGACAAUUUAUAUCAGAACAAUUUCCUGAAGAUAUUGGCGAGUUAAUUCGGAACCGUUAUCCGUCCAUUGAAAAACGCCUUUUUGAUGACGUCCUUGCUACAUUUGUUCUCCACCAUCCAGAGCAUGGCCACACUGUUGUUCUUCCUAUCAUUUCUAUCAUUAUCGAUGGCACACUAGUAUAUGAUAAGGAUAGGCCUCCUUUUGCGUCUUUCAUUUCUUUAUUCUGUCCAAAUGACGAGAACGAGUAUUCUGAACAGUGGGCACUAGCAUGUGGGGAGAUUCUGCGAAUAUUGACUCACUAUAAUCGCCCAAUCUACAAGGUUGAGCGCCAGAAAAGUUCAGAAGGCUGCACCAGCAGUAAAGAUCAUGCUUCUUGCAGCAAUGGUUCAAGUGUCGAAUCAUCUCAUGGCUCUUCUGGGCAAAGUGAACGAAGACCUUCAAGGCCUUUGUCCCCUUGGAUCACUGACAUAUUGCUUGCAGCACCUCUUGGUAUCAAAAGUGAUUACUUUCGAUGGUGCGGUGGAGUUAUGGGAAGGUAUGCCGCUGGAGAACUCAAGCCACCUAUGAUUGCUUCUUCUCGGGGUAAUGGAAAGCAUCCUCAGUUGAUGCCAUCGACUCCUCGUUGGGCUGUUGCAAAUGGUGCUGGUGUUAUAUUAAGUGUCUGUGACGAGGAAGUUACCCGCUAUGAGACCGCUAGUUUAACGGCAGUUGCUGUUCCUGCCCUUCUGCUUCCUCCUCCAACGACAGCUUUGGACGAGCAUUUAGUUGCUGGUUUACCUGCAAUUGAACCAUAUGCUAGAUUAUUCCAUCGUUAUUAUGCUAUAGCAACACCAAGUGCCACUCAGAGACUGUUGCUUGGACUUCUUGAAGCACCGCCAUCGUGGGCUCCAGAUGCACUUGAUGCAGCCGUGCAACUUGUAGAACUUCUGCGGGCGGCUGAAGAUUAUGCAACUGGGAUGAGAUUGCCAAGAAACUGGAUGCACCUUCAUUUUCUAAGAGCAAUUGGUAUUGCAAUGUCUAUGAGAGAAGGUAUCGCAGCAGAUGCAGCGGCGGCAUUGUUGUUCCGUAUACUAUCUCAGCCUGCCUUGCUUUUUCCGCCAUUGAGACAAGUCGAGGGGGUUGACGUCCAGCACGAACCUUUAGGCGGCUAUAUUUCAUGCUACAGAAAGCAGAUAGAAAUGCCGGCUGCCGAAGCUACUAUUGAAGCUACUGCCCAGGGUAUUGCAUCAAUGCUUUGUGCCCAUGGUCCGGAGGUGGAAUGGCGAAUAUGUACCAUAUGGGAAGCUGCUUAUGGUCUGAUACCGCUAAGUUCUUCAGCCGUUGAUCUGCCUGAAAUAAUAGUUGCUACACCAUUACAACCGCCUCUUUUAUCAUGGAACUUGUACAUACCUCUCCUUAAAGUAUUGGAGUACCUUCCUCGAGGAAGUCCAUCCGAAGCAUGUCUUACGAAAAUAUUUGUGGCCACUGUCGAAGCAGUUCUUCAAAGAACAUUUCCAUUCGAGUCUUCUUCGGAAGAAAAUCGAAGAUCAAGAUACAAUUCGGAAGCAGGCCCGGCAUCCAAAAACCUUGCUGUGGCAGAGCUUCGCACCAUGGUUCAUUCAUUGUUCUUGGAGUCAUGUGCUACUGUAGAGCUCGCCUCACGAUUGCUAUUUGUCGUGUUAACUGUUUGUGUCAGUCAUGAAGCCCACACAAACGGGAAAACUUCAAGGGUCGAGGAUCACUAUGCUGGAAGCUCUUCCAAAUACUUGAGAUCAAGUCAAUCUAGUGCUUCAAGUUCGAAGGAUUCGAAGAGACAAAGAGAAUCGAAAAGUAAGAAAGUAAAAAAACAAGGUCCUGUUGUGACAUUUGAUUCUUACGUUCUAGCUGCUGUUUGUGCUCUAGCCUGUGAGCUUCAGCUUUUUCCUUUGGUUGUGAGUGUAUCUAAUCCUUCAAGUUCCAAAAAUUCCGAGGAAAUUGCAAAGCCCGUCAAAUUAAAUGGUUCAUCUCAUGAUUUCAAGGAUGGAAUUGACUCUGCGAUCCGUCAUACUCGUAGAAUUUUGGCAAUUCUAGAAGCAUUGUUUUCACUGAAACCAUCAACCAUCGGUACAUCAUGGGGCUACAGUUCUAAUGAAAUAGUUGCCGCUGCUAUGGUUGCUGCCCAUAUUUCCGAACUUUUCAGGCGAUCGAAGGCUUGCAUGAAUGCUCUUUCGGUUUUAAUGCGGUGUAAAUGGGAUAACGAGAUCCACAACCGGGCAUCAUCGUUGUACAACUUAAUUGAUAUUCAUAGCAAGACGGUUGCAUCAAUUGCCCACAAGGCAGAACCAUUAGAGGCACAUUUGUCUCAUACUCCUGUGUGGAGGGACUCGACCGUUACCAACGGAAGGACGCCUAAUGAAUCUACAACCAAUCUAUGUUUUCUAUCAGAAGUUCCGUCAGCGUUGUCAUGUGAUAAUCCUUCCCGUUCGAAGAAUUUACCGAACGGUGGGAAGUCUGUGUACUCAACUGGAGAUGCUGUAAAUACCGCGGGCAAAAGGGUUGCAAGCUUUCAGUUUGAUGCAUCCGAUUUGGCUCAAUUCCUCACAAUGGACAGGCAUAUAGGAUUUAAUUGCAGUGUACAGAUUUUCCUGCAAUCAGUGCUUGAAGAGAAGCAAGAGCUAUGCUUCUCGGUUGUUUCACUCCUUUGGCACAAGUUGAUUGCGUCACCCGAAACACAACCUAGUGCAGAAAGUACGUCUGCGCAGCAAGGAUGGAGACAGGUUGUUGAUGCAUUAUGCAAUGUUGUAUCCGCAUCACCGGCUAAAGCAGCUGCAGCAAUUGUUCUUCAGGCGGAAAGGGAAUUACAGCCUUGGAUUGCCAAAGAUGACGAUCAAGGCCAGAAAAUGUGGAAGGUUAACCAACGGAUCGUAAAGCUAAUGGUGGAAUUGAUGAGAAAUUCUGAUACCCCGGAGUCAUUGGUCAUACUGACAAGUGCUUCAGAUCUUCUUCUACGUGCCACAGAUGGAAUGCUUGUUGAUGGAGAAGCUUGCACCCUGCCUCAGUUGGAGCUGCUAGAGGCUACUGCCAGAGCAGUUCAAACUGUGCUGAAAUGGGGCGAAUCUGGAUUAGCUGUUGCAGAUGGCCUCUCUAAUCUUUUGAAGUGCCGUCUACCAGCUACAGUUACGUGCCUCUCUCAUCCAAGUGCACAUGUGCGUGCUCUAAGCACAUCGGUUCUUCGAGAUAUACAGCAGAACGGAUCAAUAAAACUGAGUUUUAAACAGGAAAAUAAAAGUGGAAUCCAUGGAUCACCCUUCCAAUACUUACAUUUAGGCAUCAUCGACUGGCACGCAGAUAUUGAAAGAUGUUUGACAUGGGAAGCUCAUAGUCGACUAUCACGGGCAAAGACUAUCGAGUAUCUCGAUAUGGCAGCAAAGGAAUUAGGGUGUACAAUAACCGUCUGAGUCCGACUUCCUUUCCCGUUUUAAUACAUAUUCUGAGAUCACACCUAAGCUGUUAUUGGUUCGUUCAAACCGAGGAAAAUUAAUCCAAUCCUAACAGUCUUUAGGCAAAAUGAUUCCUAGGAGGUGAAAAAUAGGUCCUUUAGCGCAGUAAUGUAAAACCCAGUUGUAUUUGUGACACAGGAAAUGCCCAGUGAUCACAAAUAAGUAGGUAAGCAUAGUCUCGAGAACCAUUGCCUGCUCGUGCUUCUGCCUUGACACGCCCGGAUUAUUUGUCUGUAUUUAGAUGACAUGUUUAUGCAGGAUAAAAUACUAGAAAAAAUGUAUUCUUAUGGUAUUAUUUCCUUCAUCAGUGUUUAUACUUCACCUCUUUGUAACAUAAUCAUGCCUGUGAAAAGACAACAAAUGGCAAGUACAUGUAUAAAAAACAGUUCAUAUUA